GUUGAUGUUAUGAAACUCCACGUGCAGUUUGGUGGGAAAACACACACGAAACACAUCAACGGCAUUUCUUGCAUGCUGCUUGACAUCCUUUUACGGUAUUGAAGUUGAAGUUUUGAAGCAAUGGCUGAAAGUAAAGACCGUAAAUCACUGAAACGAAGAUUGACUCAGGGAAUGAACCAGCUGACACUGGGAGAGCAUCAUCUAAAUUAACAAAGACAAGCCCAACAAAACAAACUGGCAGGGAUUUUAAAGAGCAGAUAACAGGUCUCCGAAAUGCAUUAUGCAGCUCUGUGGCUGACUUCAAGUUCCACAAGAAGAGAGUGCGUGUACUAUCUGUGGCCCAAGACUUCCCAGAUUCCUGUAAUGGUGUUUUGUACUGGAUGUCCAGGGACCAGCGGGUACAAGAUAACUGGGCCAUGUUGUAUGCUCAACGUUUGGCUCUAAAACUGAAAGUUCCCCUGGUUGUGUGUUUCUGUCUGGUACCGAAGUUUCUCGAGGCCACCAUCCGUCAUUACGGCUUCAUGUUGAAAGGACUUCAGGAAGUGGAACAGGAAUGUCGUUCCUUGAACAUCAACUUUCACUUACUGCAGGGUUAUGCAAAGGAUGUUUUACCCGGAUUUGUGGAAGACAAUGACUUUGGAGGUGUGGUGACUGACUUCUCUCCCUUAAGGGUGCCUGUAGGGUGGGUCAAUGAUGUCAAAGAAAGACUUCCUAAGAAGGUGCCGUUUUGCCAGGUAGAUGCUCACAACAUAGUUCCUUGCUGGGAAGCUUCACCUAAGCUGGAAUAUGGUGCCAGAACCAUUAGAAACAAGAUCCACAACCAACUGUCUGGGUUCCUCACAGAAUUCCCACCUGUGUGUGAACACCCACACAAAUCAAAGAUUAGUCCUCAGAGUGUUGACUGGGAGAGUGUGCGGGGUUCCCUGGAGGUAGACCAAUCAGUACCAGAGGUCUCCUGGGCCACACCAGGAGCCAAUGGAGGCUUAGCCAUGCUCGAGUCUUUCUGCAAUGACCGUCUCCGCUAUUUCUCCUCUGACAGGAACAACCCAAAUAAAAAUGCUCUCAGCAAUCUGUCACCAUGGAUACACUUUGGACAAAUCUCUGUUCAGCGAUGUAUUCUGACAGUACGCAAAUAUCGCAGUAAGUCGAGUGAAGGAGUCAAUGCCUUCAUUGAGGAAGCUGUCAUCAGACGGGAGUUAUCUGAUAAUUUCUGCUAUUACAAUAAAAACUAUGAUUCUGUUGAAGGUGCCUAUGACUGGGCAAAGCAGACAUUGAAGAUCCAUGCCUCAGACAAAAGAGAAUUUCUCUAUACCAGGGAUCAACUGGCUGCGGGCAAAACACACGAUGAUCUGUGGAAUGCAGCUCAGAUACAGAUGGUGAAAGAGGGAAAAAUGCAUGGCUUCCUGAGGAUGUACUGGGCCAAGAAAAUAUUGGAAUGGACAGAAAGUCCAGAGGUUGCCUUGGAAACCGCCAUCUAUCUUAACGAUAGAUUCUCAUUGGAUGGCCGGGAUCCAAAUGGCUAUGUUGGUUGUAUGUGGUCAAUCUGCGGCAUUCACGACCAGGGAUGGAAAGAGAGGGAGAUAUUUGGCAAAAUACGUUACAUGAAUUAUGCCGGGUGCAAGAGAAAGUUUGACGUACCAGCAUUUGUCAUCAAAAACAUGGCCAAGAAAAAGUAGCGUCAUUUGUUCCAACAUGAAGCAUUACAACAUUCUGCUUAGAAUGGAUGUCAAUAUGUAUACAUUUAUUACAAUGCCAAUGCCGAAAUACAAUCACUGAAUUAUCAAGGACAUAAAUGAUGCCAUGGGCCAUGGCCAAAAAAUUUGUUACAUUACCUACAUUCAAUCACUGAAUUGGUGCUCCACAAAGUUAUCAUCCAGACUCACCUCUAACAGGGCUUUUUGACUCCUAUCCUGGAAUGCUUAAAGGUGGCGAGUCAGAAGAGAUUUGCCAAAUCACUGCCCGUCUUUGGAUGGCUUCAGCAUGGCCAGCUGUAUGAUUUCUCUGCCGUCUUUGAGAGUCGGUCAACAGCUGCUUUCCUAUCUCUAGCCUUGAUCCCUUCUGAGGAGAAUAUACCAGCACCCUAUCUCCACAAGGAAGGCCCAAUCCUGCAUUCCUCUGUCAGUCUCUCAUACUUUGAAAUCUUCCUGUGAUCCUCCUCCGUGGGCACGGUCACCAUGACCAUUUUCUUUCCCUGCUGUGACCAGAUGAGAAUAUCGGGGGUGUAGAUUUUGAUGAUGUAUUGAAAACCCAGUUAUCUGUCCAACUCUGACCUGAUUUCCCAGUCCUGUGCUCCAUCAGGGAUUUCAAUCUGGUAAGAUGUAGCCCCCUCUCUGGAUGUACAAUGUUGUCACAUAGGUGAUUUCUUUUCUUCAUUCUUCCUUUAGCAAUGUGUCAGCAGACUCCCUCAUGCCUUUGUCAUAUCUCCAUCUGUAUCAUCCCUGAGUGAGAGUGAUAUUACCACUUCUGUCAAUAGCCAUCUGAUGAGGUUUGUUGGUGAUGGCAACAGGCCAUACCAUGAACUCAAAAGGAACUGUAUUCAAAAGGUCCUUGUUACCAGAUGUCAAACCACGUUUGUCGUCUAUCGUGGUAUACCUGCUAUUUCCACCAUUUUUGUUUCCUGAUUUUUCCUCAAUUUUCUAAUGUCACCUUUGACCAUGUUCCUCUUCCCAGCUUUGUAAAUUGUCUCUCAUCAUUGUACCUCUGCCAUCCCCAAAUCCGUCACCAUAUAAUGAUAUGCAUGCAAUAAUUAGAGGACUAGGUAUGGUAGCACUUAAGUAUGACUCCUAAUUCACCUGGACUAAAAUGGACUUUGAAUGGUGCCUUAUCUUGUCACCAAUAUCCUUCAAAUGUAUCUAGUGUAGAUAAGGCGGUAUAUAAUUCAACUGGUCAGAUCUGAAUGGAAAUGGUGUGUGGUCAAAACAUUUUUGCACAUCUGUGACCAGGUAGCUUAACAUAUUUCGCUAAUUUUGUAUGCUUUAUUGGCAAUUUGUCUGAAUACGGGAACAUUUUGAAGACUUUUCAGUCUCCUCCGGCUCUACAAUGGACGCCCAGGAGAAAAGUUCAAAGACAUUUUACAGUCUCAUUCAGCUGUACAAUGGACUUUUUUGAGAACAUUUCUAAAAUGUUUUAUAGACUCCACCUGCUCUACAAUGAACGUCCUGGUAAACAUUCCAAAGACAUUUGUCUCUUCCAGCUCUACAAUGGACGUCAACGAGGUUUCAAAGACAUUUUACAGUUUACUCCAGCUCUACAAAGGACGUCAAGGAGAAGGUUUCAAAGACAUGUUACAGUCUUCUCCAGCUCUACAAAGGACGUCAAGGAGAAGGUUUCAAAGACAUUUUACAGUUUCCUCCAGCUCUACAAUGGACGUCAAGGAGAAGGUUUCAAAGACAUUUUACAGUUUCCUUCAGCUCUACAAUGGACGUCAAGGAGACGGUUUCAAAGACAUUUUACAGUCUUCCAGCUCUACAAUGGACGUCAAGGAGAAGGUUUCAAAGACAUUUUACAGUCUUCCAGCUCUACAAAGGACGUCAAGGAGAAGGUAUCAAAGACAUUUUACAGUCUUCUCCAGCUCUACAAUGGACGUCAAGGAGAAGGUUUCAAAGACAUGUUACAGUCUUCUCCAGCUCUACAAUGGACGUCAAGGAGAAGGUUUCAAAGACAUUUUACUGUUUCCUCCAGCUCUACAAUGGACGUCAAGGAGAAGGUUUCGAAGACAUUUUACAGUCUUCCAGCUCUACAAAGGACGUCAAGGAGAAGGUUUCAAAGACAUUUUAUAGUUUCCUCCAGCUCUACAAUGGACGUCAAGGAGAAAGUUUCAAAGGCAUUUUACAGUUUCCUCCAGCUCUACAAUGGACGUCAACGAGAAGGUUUCAAAGACAUUUUACAGUCUUUUCCAGCUCUACAAUGGACGUCAAGGAGAAGGUUUCAAAGACAUUUUACAGUCUCCUCCAGCUUUACAAUGGACGUCAAGGAGAAGGUUUCAAAGACAUUUUACAGUUUCCUCCAGCUCUACAAUGGACGUCAAGGAGAAGGUUUCAAAGACAUUUUACAGUUUCCUCCAGCUCUACAGUGAAUGUUCAUUCAUAGUACUUAGUAAUACAUUCUUCCGUUUAACUAUUGAACUAUAUUGGAAAUUUGAAUCUCAAGUAAUGUGCAUUUACAAACUUUAUGAGAUGGAUAUAUAUAUACAUAUUUCAGGCCAUCAACUACCUCAAUGACAAAUGUGUUAUGUCACAAUUUAUUUCUAAUGGUGCUGAUUUGAACUGUUUAUCGAAUGUUGAAUGUAAGAGAUGAUAUUUGUGGUGGUAUGCAAUAUAUGUUAAAAGUGAGUUCAUAUAGUCCGUUAUACUUAGUAUUAUAUUUUGAUAGAAAAUAAAUUGUGUAUGCAAACCAGUGCAUUAUUGAGUGAUUUGGAAUGUUGCUUAAAUGUGAGAAGAUCGAGAUUUGUUUUUUAAGAAUUCUGGAAAAUUUUGCACUUGACUGGUUGAUAUGCCAUAAUGUUUUGGAUUUGUUUUCGUAAAUCUAGAUGUUCUUCAAACGUACUCCGGGUAUGUGUGGUGGUAUAAACAGGAAGGUGAUCGAGUAGAUAGUCGUAGUGACUUGCAAUCACUAUAGAAAUUAUCCAUGAAUAUUUCAUAUAGUGUGUUUAUAGUAGCAAUAGCAGAAUAAAAUAUCAUGACUGAUGGA